GUCUGUUAUAUCUCUGUUUCCUUGAGUACCUCUCUCACGGAGACGGACCACAGCAAGCAGAAGCUGGGGGGGGAAAAACGAGGAAAGAGGAAGAAAACAAAAGCUGCUACUUAUGGAAGAUACAAAGGAGUCUAACGUGAAGACAUUUUGCUCCAAGAAUAUCCUAGCCAUCCUUGGCUUCUCCUCUAUCAUAGCUGUGAUAGCUUUGCUUGCUGUGGGGUUGACCCAGAACAAAGCAUUGCCAGAAAAUGUUAAGUAUGGGAUUGUGCUGGAUGCAGGUUCUUCUCACACAAGUUUAUACAUCUAUAAGUGGCCAGCAGAAAAGGAGAAUGACACAGGGGUGGUGCAUCAAGUAGAAGAAUGCAGGGUUAAAGGUCCUGGAAUCUCAAAAUAUGUUCAGAAAGUAAAUGAAAUAGGCAUUUACCUGACUGAUUGCAUGGAAAGAGCUAGGGAAGUGAUUCCAAGGUCCCAGCACCAAGAGACACCCGUUUACCUGGGAGCCACGGCAGGCAUGCGGUUGCUCAGGAUGGAAAGUGAAGAGUUGGCAGACAGGGUUCUGGAUGUGGUGGAGAGGAGCCUCAGCAACUACCCCUUUGACUUCCAGGGUGCCAGGAUCAUUACUGGCCAAGAAGAAGGUGCCUAUGGCUGGAUUACUAUCAACUAUCUGCUGGGCAAAUUCAGUCAGAAAACAAGGUGGUUCAGCAUAGUCCCAUAUGAAACCAAUAAUCAGGAAACCUUUGGAGCUUUGGACCUUGGGGGAGCCUCUACACAAAUCACUUUUGUACCCCAAAACCAGACUAUCGAGUCCCCAGAUAAUGCUCUGCAAUUUCGCCUCUAUGGCAAGGACUACAAUGUCUACACACAUAGCUUCUUGUGCUAUGGGAAGGAUCAGGCACUCUGGCAGAAACUGGCCAAGGACAUUCAGGUUGCAAGUAACGAAAUUCUCAGGGACCCAUGCUUUCAUCCGGGAUAUAAGAAGGUAGUGAAUGUAAGUGACCUUUACAAGACCCCCUGCACCAAGAGAUUUGAGAUGACUCUUCCAUUCCAGCAGUUUGAAAUCCAGGGUAUUGGAAACUAUCAACAAUGCCAUCAAAGCGUCCUGGAGCUCUUCAACACCAGUUACUGCCCUUACUCCCAGUGUGCCUUCAAUGGGAUUUUCUUGCCACCACUCCACGGGGAUUUUGGGGCAUUUUCAGCUUUUUACUUUGUGAUGAAGUUUUUAAACUUGACAUCAGAGAAAGUCUCUCAGGAAAAGGUGACUGAAAUGAUGAAAAAGUUCUGCUCUCAGCCUUGGGAGGAGAUAAAAACAUCUUACGCUGGAGUAAAGGAGAAGUACCUGAGUGAAUACUGCUUUUCUGGUACCUACAUUCUCUCCCUCCUUCUGCAAGGCUAUCAUUUCACAGCUGAUUCCUGGGAGCACAUCCAUUUCAUUGGCAAGAUCCAGGGCAGCGACGCCGGCUGGACUUUGGGCUACAUGCUGAACCUGACCAACAUGAUCCCAGCUGAGCAACCAUUGUCCACACCUCUCUCCCACUCCACCUAUGUCUUCCUCAUGGUUCUAUUCUCCCUGGUCCUUGUCACAGUGGCCAUCAUAGGCUUGCUUAUCUUUCACAAGCCUUCGUAUUUCUGGAAAGAUAUGGUAUAGCAAGAGCAGCUGAAAUAUGCUGCCUGGAGUGAGGAAAAAAAUCGUCCAGGGAGCAUUUUCCUCCAUCACAGUGUUCAAGGCCAUCCUUCCCUGUUUGCCAGGGCCAGUCUUGACCAGUGUGAAGCUUCCUUGGCUUUUAUUGAAGCCUUUCUUUUGGAGGUAUUCAACAUCCUCUGCCUCAAGGACUUCCGGCAGAUACUGUCUCUUUCAUGAGUUUUUCCCAGCUACCCCUUUCUCCUUUGUACUUUGUGCUUGUAUAGGUUUUAAAGACCUGACACCUUUCAUAAUCUUUGCUUUAUAAAAGAACAAUAUUGACUUUGUCUAGAAGAACUGAGAGUCUUGAGUCCUGUGAUAGGAGGCUGAGCUGGCUGAAAGAAGAAUCUCAGGAACUGGUUCAGUUGUACUCUUUAAGAACCCCUUUCUCUCUCCUGUUUGCCAUCCAUUAAGAAAGCCAUACGAUGCCUUUGGAGAAGGCAGACACACAUUCCAUUCCCAGCCUGCUCUGUGGGUAGGAGAAUUUUCUACAGUAGGCAAAUAUGUGCUAAAGCCAAAGAGUUUUAUAAGGAAAUAUAUGUGCUCAUGCAGUCAAUACAGUUCUCAAUCCCACCCAAAGCAGGGAUGUCAAUAAAUCACAUAUUCCUAGGUGAUACCCAAAUGCUACAGAGUGGAACACUCAGACCUGAGAUUUGCAAAAAGCAGAUGUACAUAUAUGCAUUCAAACAUCAGGGCUUACUAUGUGGUAGGUGAUAUAUACAUGUCACAAAGAAAAAUACAGUUACAACUCAGGGUCACAAAAAAUGCAUCUUCCAAUGCAUAUUUUAUUAUGGUAAAACAUACAUAAAUAUAAUUCACCAUUUUAACAUUUAAUUCAUAUUAAAUAUGUACAAAUCAGUGACAUUUGGUACAUUCACAGUGUUGUGCCAUCAUCACCACUAUUUAGUUACAGAACAUUUGCAUCAUCAAGAAAUUGUCUAGAGACAAGACUAUCCUGGGUAGGCAGAAACCAUAGAUCUUUGUGUUUACAGCUGUGGAAACCAACUGUACCAUAAAGAUAGUUCACUGAGUUUUAAAGCCAAGCCACAUCUUAUUUUUCCAAGGUUUAAUUUAGUGAGAGGGCAGCAUUAGUGUGGAGUGGCAUGCUUUUGCCCUGUCAUGGAAUUUACACAUCAGAAUGUGCAGGAUCCAAGUCUGAAAGUGUUGCCACCGUCACACAACAUGGGCUUUGCUUAUUCCAUGAAGCAGCAGGUAUGGACUUUACCAUGGAAACAUGAAGAGACCCUGUACCCCAUUCCUUAAGGAUUGCUGCAAGAGUUACCUGUUGAGCAGAUUGACUGGUGAUGUUUCAUUCUGACCUUGUCCCAAGCUCUCCAUCUCUAGAUCUGGGGACUGACUGUUGAGCUGAUGGGGAAAGAAAAGCUCUCACACAAACCAGAAGCCAAAUGUCCCCAUAUCUCUUGAAUGAUCAAGUCACUUUUGACAACAGCCAGGUGAAUAUAAAAACUUAAUAAAGCUGUGGAAAGGAACUCUUAA